UCUAAACACAGCGAUCCAACCUCUAUGCCAAGAAAGCGGUAUCCUGAGCCCAGGAUGUGGAAGAUAAAGCCUCCGAUUGAAUACCCUAUGGAAGUGAAGUACAGGCCUAUUCUGGAGAGUCUGGUUCCCCUGGACCCGAUGUCUCUGAUCAGACUGAAGAGGGGGACACCUGAGGAGGAGUUUCCUAGUCUGGAUAGGAACUACACCGUGAUGGGCCGCAUCCUCACCCUCAACAUGUACAAGCGGCAGUACAACAGGGCCACAGACAGCGGCGUCAUCUUCAGUGAUGUCAUACAGCCUGGUCUUGAGGACCCAGGCCAGCUGUCGGGUCCUGUGUCUGUGGGCUGUCUGGCAGGAGACGCCCAGUGCUACAUCCUCUUCUGUGACUUCUUUGACCGCAUCAUAGAGGCCUACCAUGGCUACAAGAUGACCAGCAACCAGGAGAGUGACUUCAACUAUGACAACCUAAAGGGUGGGGACGACUUUGACAGGGAGCAUGUGCUGGGCUGUGAGGUGCGCGUGAGCCGCUGCGUAGAAGACUUCUCUUUCCCUGUGCAUUGCUGCAGAGGAGAGCGCAGGCAGCUCCUCUCCCUGGCCAAGAAAGCCCUGGGCCAGGUGGAAGAAGAGCUUCCAGGACAACUGCACUCCAUGGAAGAGCUGACUGAGGACAAGCUGGGAGAGGCACUGACCAUGGAGACUGCCACUGACCUGAGGAGAAGGACUGGAGUGUCCAGGGACUGGCCUGAUGCCCGGGCUGUAUGGAUCAGCAAAGACGGAAACCUGGCGGUGUGGAUUAACAUUGAUGACCACCUUCAGCUGGUAUCGGCGCGGACAGACUCCAACAUUAAGAAGGCCUUUGAAUCUGCCUGCGUCCACCUGCAAAAGCUGGAGGUGCAGUACAGGAAACUGAGGCACUCCUUCAUAUGGAAGCAGCACCUGGGCUGGGUGGUGAGCUCCCCCGCUGAGGUGGGAACAGGACUGAAGGCCAGCGUCCAGCUCAAGCUGAGGCACUUGGCCCAGCACAAGAGACUGCAAAACAUCCUGGAGAGACUGCGCCUCUGCAUGGAUUUUACUGGAUCCAGUGAGGUGUAUAAGGUUUCCAACGCACACACCAUUGGAUUCACCGAGGUGGAGCUGAUUCAGCUGCUGGUGGAUGGUGUGAAGCUGCUAAUUGUGAUGGACAGGACACUGGAGGACCCUGAGGGGAGCAUUGAUCACCUGGUCCCUGCACAGAAGUGA